AUGGCCUUUGCAACCAUCAUCGGCAUCGGCACCAUCACCUUCUUCGUCGUGGCCGGAUCUGAGAUCCAUUGGAGCAACGUCGGCGUCGCUGGCGACGCUGCGGGGAGGGCGCUGCUGCUGUCGGGCGUGGCAACACUGGUCCCGGUGCUCGGCGCACUAUGUCUCAUCUCCUGGCUUUUACAGGAUUUCUUUUACGGUCUGGGGAGUGUGGCUGCCGAUAUUGUAAGCUGGCCGCUGAACUGUGCCUCCCGCGCUGUAUUUCGACAUCGGUUACUGCGCUCCCAAUACGCCAAGACGCCGCAACACGACCCUGAGAAUGGCCAAACGACGCAAGUCUUGCCGGUGAGCCAGCAUCACGUCUUUUCAAGCGGAUAUGGCCAGGGCUGGCAUUGGAUGUCCAUAUUGUGGCUGUUUGCGUACGCCAUCGUGGCCGGUGGACUGCUGGCCCAGGCUAUCCUUUGCUUCCUUCGACCAAACGAGAGCGCUCUAACUUUCAUGUCGUGGACUCCGGCACUGCUUCCCUUUGUCGACUUUCAGUCUUCCUCUUUACACCUCCUCAGCUGGCCACAUGGUUCCGGCGCGUUGCGCGACUGGGAUAACCGCACCGCCCUUGCUCCCCCGACUCCUCUUUCCUGGCUGCCAAAGGACACUGUUCUACCGGGGUUUGAGGACUGGUACGGCAACAAGACUCAUUACAAUGCGGCGGCGGACCCACUCAGGAUUUCGAACCUCGACGACGAGCUGUUACUUGAAUUACGCAAUGUGUUGCGAGAUGUACCGAUACGACACAUUAUGUGUAUUGUGCUCGAAAGCACGAGACAGGAUCUCUUCCCCAUCAAGGAGAACGGAAUCCCCCUGCAGCGCUUGAGAGAAACGUGGAGCGAUGGGAAGCUGCCCCGCGAGGCAACGGAGCACCUCGAGUCGCUCACGCCCACGGCCAAACUCUUGACCGGUGACUUCGACGACGGCUUUCAGCGACAAACCCCGAAAGAUAAACCCCGGGGAGGUAUCAGCUACACCGACGCCUACACGACGUCGACGUACACGCUUAAGAGCCUUGUCGGUACGCUCUGCGGUAUUAGUCCUCUCGUGGCCGACUUCAACGUCGAGCACCAGCACCACUUCUAUAACCCGUGUCUGCCUCACGUCCUCGACGCCCUCAACACACUCGGCGAAGUAGACUCGCGUGAUUUUACAUCCUACAAGUGGAAGUCGUCGUUUCUGCAGACGGCCACCCUUGACUUUGACAACUUUGGCCCCCUUGUGGGUAGAAUUGGGUUCUCCCAGGAUGCUAUCAUCGACAGGGAGUACCUCAGAGGCAGUACCGCCAAGUUCGGUCCCGUAACGCUGCCGGAUGUCAACUACUUUGGCUUUGAAGAGGAUCCACUCGGCGACUACAUCCGAGAUGCCUUCUCUGCGGCCAAAGAGAACGAUGAGAGGGUCUUCUUGACGCACGUGACCAGUACAAGCCAUCACCCCUGGGCACUGCCUGGCAAUGAGAGACAUGUACAACUGGCGAACGGCCUGGACGACUUGUCGCACUACAUCAACACCAUAGGCUACGAUGACCGCUGGCUGGGCAAGAUACUUGAGAUUCUCGACGACCAGGGCGUAGCCGACGAGACGCUCGUGGUACUGCUGGGAGACCAUGGCCUGUCGAUUCCAGAAAACGAUAAUCCAUCCUCCAACUUCAACCCCAAUGUUGGAAACAACCACGUGCCCUUGAUCUUAUCCCAUCCCAAGAUUCCGCCCUUGACAAUCGACGACGCCGUCUCGUCCCAGCAGGUUCUGCCGACGGUGCUGGAUCUUCUUAUUGAGACAGGUUCGCUUGCUGGGAAAGCACUCCAAGCUGCGAAGGACCUAAUCCGCAACUACGAAGGCCAGUCUCUUGUGCGACCACUACGCAAGUCAUCAUCAACGACUGGCGACCAAGCAUCUAGUCUAGCCAACUGGCACUUUACCGUCAUUAAUCCUGGCCGCUCCAUGGUGGGCGUCCGCGACGCGCGCCAAAAGUCGUGGCGGCUGGUGGUGCCGACUGUAGACAACAUCGAGUGGCGUUUCAGCGACCUUGCUACGGACCCUCGCGAGGCUAAGCCAGUGGUGGGCUUCGAUUUGAAGGAGUUUUUGGCAAGAAUUCAUGACGCGUGCGGCUCCGACGCGGCGCAAUGGGUCGAGGACGCCGUCUUCGUGACACGGUGGUGGGUCGAGGAGAAUAGCAAGCGAUGGCGUUACGGUUCUCAUGCGGAGUAG